UCCCGCCUGGAUCGCGAGGGGAGGGGCGGGCGGGGAGGCCUGGAUGACUAAACCUGACAGAAACGCUGGUGGGAGGCUCGGGCGGGCGCCAGUGCCCGCGUAGGUCCUUCUCGCCCCGCAGCCACCACCCGCCCGGUGACCAUGAUAGGUUAUUGGCACGCUUUUUGGAGCUUCAGAGCCAGCAUUACUGAUCUGCAAAAUUCUUGGCUAGCUGUUUCCAUUACAGUUCAACUUAUGCCAUUUCUCUGAACGGACAGUGCAGAAAUCCACAACUUGGCAAGCUCACUCUGACAUGUUUGUCAGGUUCAACUCCAGCUAUGGCUUCCCAGUGGAGGUCGAUUCUGACACCAGCAUCUUCCAGCUCAAGGAAGUGGUUGCUAAGCGACAGGGGGUUCCAGCUGACCAGCUGCGCGUGAUUUUUGCUGGGAAGGAACUUCCGAAUCACCUGACAGUACAGAACUGUGACCUGGAACAACAAAGUAUUGUACACAUAGUACAGAGACUACAGAGGAAAAGUCAUGAAACAAAUGCAUCUGGAGGGGACAAACCCCAGAGCACCUCAGAGGGUACCGUAUGGGAGCCCAGGAGCUUGACGCGAGUAGACCUCAGCAGCCAUAUCCUGCCAGCAGACUCCGUGGGGCUGGCAGUCAUUCUGGACACAGACAGCAAGAGUGAUUCAGAAGCAGCCAGAGGUUCAGCAGUUAAACCCACCUACAACAGCUUUUUUGUCUACUGCAAAGGCCCCUGCCACAAGGUCCAGCCUGGAAAGCUCCGAGUUCAGUGCGGCACCUGCAAACAAGCAACUCUCACCUUGACACAGGGUCCAUCUUGCUGGGAUGAUGUCUUAAUUCCAAACCGGAUGAGUGGUGAGUGCCAGUCUCCAGACUGCCCUGGAACCAGAGCUGAAUUUUUCUUUAAAUGUGGAGCACACCCAACCUCAGACAAGGACACAUCAGUAGCUUUGAACCUGAUCACCAGCAACAGACGAAGCAUCCCCUGCAUAGCGUGCACAGAUGUCAGGAGCCCAGUCCUGGUCUUCCAGUGUAACCACCGCCAUGUGAUCUGUUUGGACUGUUUCCACUUGUAUUGUGUCACAAGACUCAACGAUCGGCAGUUUGUCCACGAUGCUCAGCUUGGCUACUCCCUGCCGUGUGUGGCUGGCUGUCCCAACUCCCUGAUUAAAGAGCUCCAUCACUUCAGGAUCCUCGGAGAAGAGCAGUACAAUAGGUACCAGCAAUAUGGUGCCGAGGAGUGCGUGCUGCAGAUGGGAGGUGUGUUGUGCCCCAGUCCUGGCUGUGGCGCUGGGCUGCUGCCUGAACAGAGCCAGAGGAAAGUCACCUGUGAAGGGGGCAACGGCCUGGGCUGUGGGUUUGUUUUCUGCCGGGACUGUAAGGAAGCAUACCAUGAAGGGGAUUGCAACUCACUGUUUGAAGCUGCGGGGGUGACUUCUCAGGCCUACCAGGUGGAUGAAAGGGCCGCUGAGCAAGCUCGUUGGGAGGAGGCCUCCAAAGAAACCAUCAAGAAAACCACCAAGCCUUGUCCUCGCUGCAAUGUGCCAAUUGAAAAAAAUGGAGGAUGUAUGCACAUGAAGUGUCCUCAGCCCCAGUGCAAGCUGGAGUGGUGUUGGAACUGCGGCUGUGAGUGGAACCGAGCCUGCAUGGGGGACCACUGGUUUGACGUGUAGAGAGGGAUGUCCCUUGGCCCUGGCUGCACAACCUCAUGGGAAACGCCGCAGACUCGGACCUCCCUAAGCCAUUUCUUCUUCUCGAUGCAUACAAGCACAUACACAGAAGCAGCCCUAGGUCCUUUCCAGAGCACACACUUUCAGCCCGGCUCAUGCGAAUGUCAGAGCUAGGAUGAGAGUGCACCAUUGGUUUGGAUUCUCAUCCCAGCCAGAAUUUGAGUCACAUAGUCAUGAGUUUUCCAGGCCUAAUCUCCUGCCUUCCACGUCACUAAAUCCAUGUGGAAGCCAUGGGUAGAGGUGGGAAGUGUUUCCCUGCGCUGUUGCCACUCCCUGGGUAAGUUACACACACCUCUGUGGAUUCUCAGAAGCACUCUUGAGAUCUGAGGAACGCUGUUCUUACGAAGCAAUCAUCUAUUCCCAGAGGGCCCUCAGCGGUAGCCAAAACUAUUUGUUUAUCUCCCCCCCCCCAAAUCCUGUGUUUAUCAAUGGUGCUGAUGAGAUUCCAACCCCACUGUAUACUAAUCAGCUUAUCAACCAAGGGAGAACCUAGGAAAGCUAAUUGUGUCGAAGGCUGCUUAAAUCAUAGGGAGGGCAUGGAAGCUGAACCUACUUCUGUCUGUUUAAUUAUCUGCAACUUUAGAAAGAAACGAUCUUUUUUUUCUUUCCCCUGAAAAGAGAACAAAGUCUGUAAUUUGGUUUGGAGUAUUCCUACUGCAGCCUGGAAGUCUAACUCAUGCAUUUGGCUUCACUGUAAAUUUAACAGAGAAAGUGCCUAUAAAGGGGAUGUUUUCUGAGACAAUCCCUUGAUGCUGUUCCCAGGCUAACAACAGGGUCAAGAAACAUAAUGUUUAUAGAAGGAGCAUCUCUAGACCAUCUAAAUGAGAACAUGCCUGACUCUUCCACCACAAGUGGGGACACCUCUGCAUAUCUGCUCCCUCUUCUGCUGUUAAGCCCCAGGGAGCCCCGUCCACCCAGUGAUCCUACAGACAGGACAAUAAACACACACUGAGAUAGCCUUCAGAUCAAUAUACAUCACACUGGAAUGUUAACUUUCAAGCUUUUCUUUUCUUUUUCCUGUUUUUUAUUUGUUUCGAUUUUGCAUUUUUGUGUGUGUGUGAUAUGGGCAUGGGGGCCGGGGGUGGGGGUGGGGCGGCUACCAGACCUGAGUCCUAGAGCUCAAAAAUCAUAUAGAAAUGAUGGUGUCUUGUGGUGUAAGGAAAGGCCAGAUGGCCUAAGUCUACACUUGCAUCCCAGUGGCCUAGACUCCACCCAGCCAGAUCCAGAAUGUGUGUCAUACACCGACCCAAAAUGAAAAAACCACCUGUAAUGCAUCACUCAGGAAUCUGAUGUCACCCAUCACUAUUUUUUUUUUGCACCAUUGUGCUUGCCUCUGCCUCCUUCCACACCCGUGUGACAUAAUGGCUUUGGGAAGCCAACGUUGUGUUUACUGUUCUGCUUUGGGUAAAGGGACUGCCUGGAGCUCUGUGGCUCGCCAGUAAGGUCCCUUUUCCUUUCUAGCGGUUGCAUAUGUUUUCUUCAGAUUACAAUAGUGAUUCUUAAAAUAACCCAAAAGAAAGGCAUCCACAGUGUGUGAGCAUGAAUCACAGCCUGCAUUGUGUGAGUGUGAGUAGUGGGAUAGAAAGUGGAUGUCAGAAGAGUGGAAAUCAAACCUCUGCAAAGCAAUCUUUCUCUUUCUGUGAAAUGUAUUAAGAAAUACCGGAAGUCUGUGUCUAUGGUGGUACCCAGGCUGUCAAUCAAUAAAGACCCAGACUGUCAAUAAAAGAAUCAAAAGCGUGUUUGAGCCUA